UCUCUCUCUCUCUCUCUCGCCGACGCUUUCCGCGUUCAGAUUCAUGCUCGCUUCUCAAUUCCAAUCCACUCUACGACGUCGUCCGAUCCUCCUCCUCACCCUCCAUGGACGGCGACAAGGACACACGCGAUCCGGGACUCACCGACUUCCCGAGCUGGGACAACGCCUACUUCAGUGAAUUCGGCUGGAAUUUCAACCCGGAUGACCCGAUCGGCACCGACGACAGGUCUGAUUUGGCGGGAACCAGCAGUACUACAACUCUGCAGGCUGAACAAGUUCCCGAAAGAAGCAGCAAUACUAGCUCCCGAUCAGACCCUGCCCCCGUGGUCGGAUCUGUCUCCUCAAGCUCAACUGAGGAUCCGCCAGAGAGGUCUACUGGCUCCGGCGGCACGCCACCACUCGAAACACCUCGAGACCACUUAGUGCCGUUUUUGCGGCGGAAAUGGCGUGCUAUAUAUCUUUUCACGCUAGCUUUCCCGGAAUCCAAUUACUGGAGUAGCACUACGAAGGUGAACAAAAAGAAGGGGCAGAAGCGAAUCCGGCAGCCAAGAUUUGCGUUUAUGACUAAGAGUGAAGUUGAUCAUCUUGAGGAUGGCUACCGUUGGCGGAAAUAUGGACAGAAGGCUGUCAAGAAUAGCCCAUAUCCGAGGAGCUACUAUCGGUGCACAAAUAGCAAAUGCACUGUGAAGAAAAGGGUUGAGCGUUCCUCAGAAGACCCGACGACAGUAAUAACGACGUAUGAAGGGCAACACUGCCAUCAUACGGUUUCAUUUCCCCGCGGCAGCGGCAGCGGGGGAGUCAAUAUUCUUAGUCAUGACCAAUCUGGCUUUGCCGCAGGAAGCCAUCAGUUAAUGCAGCUUCCUCCAGUCUCACAGUUCAUGCAUUUUCCAACUUCAAUUCAACCCAGAUCACAAAUUAGUCCAACUCAUAAUUUGACAGUAGGGAGCUCGCAGUCGCAUCGAUUUGUCCCGGCUGGUGGUACUCAUAACCAUUAUGAUGAAGCAGCUGGAGGAUCCCAGCGCAUUACUAAUCAAAACCAUGAGCCACUCCCAGUAGUACCAGUUCCUACAGAUGAAGGGCUUCUUGGGGACAUUGUACCUCCUGGAAUGCGUAAUCCGUUUGAUGGAUAAAUUGUAGUACUGGCCUGCACUUGCCCACUUCAAUUAUUAGCUCUCUGCUCGAUUCUCAUUGCACUUCGUAUCAUUAUUUUGGCCAAAUGAGCAAGUUGUCCAGUGCAGAAGCUAAAGAUCCUCAUGAAGCUAGAGAUCAUAUACCAUCGGAAGCUAGUUAGCUAGUAAAUUAGUAUUCGAUUCAUCCUCAUAGCUGAAGCGAUGAUUCUUCCUUUCAAACUUCUCUUACAGACAGAGUUGAAGAUUCGAAGAAUCCCAUGAUAUUAAUUCUAUGCACUCUAAAUUAAUCACCUAACUAAUUGCAGUAUCUAACUAAUUAGACUCACAGUUUAGUCCUGAGGAUUUAUCUGCUAUCUGAUUCGGAUUAAUUGUGUAUUAUAUCAUUUUAUUCAUCAUGAUAAAGGUAAAUAUAAUAUUAAACGAC